GAGAGCGCGCCGCCGUGGGGCCGCUGUCUCUGUGCGCUCUGACUGGAGGGGGCUGGCUCUCCUGAUUGAAUCCAGCUGUUGAGAAAAGUGCGCGGAGGGGGCCCGUCAAUUUGCAUUGCUAAAUAAUCUGUAGAGCCGACAGAGUGGGGCAGAAACUGAACAGUCCGUUUUGAAAAGGCAUUCCUGCAACACUUGGUCAAUGUUCCGCGGCUUCAGCUCGACCAGACAGCGGUUAAUGAGAACCUGGUGUCGGCUUUCGCGUAAAGGCGCAUAGUCGGGGGGUGGCGGUGAGAGAGCCCUGCGGAGAAGCGGCGAGGGGAUUUGAAGUUACGGGUCAUCUCUUCAUCUUUCCUUUGAAGGAGGUCGCUAGAAACCAUAAAGCAUGCUGUUUGAAACGCGUGGCUUCAGGUUUUGCUCUUCUGCGAGGAUGUUGGCAGCUCUGGUAUUUAUUCUGCUUUGUAUCCAGCCUGGACACGGACAGACCUGCACAGAAGGUUUUGCAUACGACCGCAGGGCGAGACAGUGUAUAGAUGUGGACGAAUGCCGCACGCUGCCAGACGCCUGCAGGGGAGACAUGCGCUGUGUGAACCAGAACGGGGGCUACCUGUGCAUCCCCAGGAACUUGUACAACCAGCCGUUCAGGCCGGACGCCCCGAUCCUGCCGGACCCCGUUUACCCGGACUCCUCGGUGGGAUUCGCCGAGCCCUUCCCCCCGGUGGCUCCGAGAUCCGUGGAGCCCAGCUACCCCAGGGUGAGGAGCACUGCGCAGUGCAUCCUGGGAUACAGUCCUGCAGAGGAUGGCACCUGCAACGACAUCGAUGAAUGCGAGACCAACUCUCAUCACUGUAACCCCACCCAGGUCUGCAUCAACACGCUAGGCGGCUACACCUGUUCCUGCACCGAAGGCUACUGGCUCAUUGGUGGACAGUGCCAGGAUAUUGAUGAAUGUCGCUAUGGUUACUGCCAGCAGCUGUGUGCCAACGUCCCUGGCUCUUACUCCUGCUCCUGCAACCCCGGAUUCAUCCUCAAUCCAGACAGCAGGACCUGUCAAGAUGUGGACGAGUGUGAGGAUGAACCUUGCAGUCACGGCUGCUUCAACACCUACGGCUCCUUCAUGUGUAACUGUGACGAGGGCUUUGAGUUGGCGUCCGACGGCGCUACUUGCAUCGACUUGGAUGAGUGCAGUUUCUCUGAGUUUCUGUGUCAGCACAGAUGCAUUAACACACCCGGCUCUUUCAACUGCAUCUGUCCACCGGGAUAUUAUGUGUACGAUGACGGGAGGAGCUGUGAAGAUAUCAAUGAAUGUGACACUGGUAACAACACCUGUACAACAGCACAAGUAUGUUUCAAUUUCCAGGGAGGCUACACAUGCCUGAAUCCUUUACAGUGUCAACUUCCUUACAUCGAAGUUAGCGACAAUCAGUGCAUGUGCUCGGCUGAGAACCCUGCCUGCAGGGACAAGCCCUUCACCGUUCUGUACCGACACAUGGACUUGUCGUCGGGGCGCAGUGUGCCUGCAGACAUCUUCCAGAUGUCGGCCACCACGCGUUACCCCGGCGCCUUCUACAUCUUCCAGAUAAAGUCGGGCAACGAAGGACGAGAGUUUUACAUGAGGCAAACCAGCAACGUGAGCGCCACGCUGGUCCUGUCGCGGCCAAUCAAGGGCCCGAAGGAGGUGGUGCUGGACCUGGAGAUGGUCACGGUCAACAACGUCAUCAACUUCAGAGGCAGCUCCAUCAUACGCCUGACGAUAUUUGUGUCCGAGCACCCGUUCUGAGCGUCUCACACGAACUCCAGCGCCACGGGAACGGGGGCAAAAAAAAAAAAAAUAUUUUAAAAAAUCAGAAAUGACGCGGCGGCUGUAUUCUCCUGCAGCUGAUGUAAUGGUUUUUUUUGAGCUACUUGUUGUUUUCAUUAUGUCAUCCUCAAUAAAGACACGUCCGAUAAUAAGGACUCAUCUGAGAUGAGCUGAUGGGAAAACAUUCCUGGGCUCAAAUCCACACCCCGGUUUAAUGGACACUGAGCUUUUAUGGCUGCAACAUGGACACAGAGAGGGAUAUUUAUGGUCGACAAUGUCUGACAUCCCCUAUCCAGAUUACCACUCCCCCCCACCCACUCCCCACCCACCACCCCCAGUUGUCUGCGAAUCUUCAUUCCUUCACAUAAACUGUGGAAAUGACCUUCAUGCUGUCUCUUCGCCACGAUCAGAUUAUUGCUGACCGUUAUCUGAGCAGUGCUAAUGAUGUACAGUUGCACGGGGAAUGUUUGAAACGAUGUAACAACCAGGCAUUAACUGAAUUAUUGAUCACAGUCUCUGUUAGACCAAUAAAUGUCUUCACCACA